UCUGCUAAAGUGUCGACUCUUUUUAGUUGCAACCAGAUUCCAAUGGACGCUCCUACCGAACAACAACAACCGGCUCAGCUCAGCUCCGGAAACGACCGUGAAGCUUUCCGACAAACCUUGUGGAACACUCUCCUGCGGUGUUCUUUCUACCUCCCUUCUUUCAAGAUUUACGGUGGUGUCUCUGGUUUUUACGAUUAUGGUCCUCCUGGCUUCGCUCUUAAGAAUAAUAUCCUCAAAUUUUGGCGUGAACACUUCGUUUAUGAGGAGCAUAUGUUGGAAAUUGAAUGCCCCAGUGUCACACUUGAGGCUGUUCUCAAGGCUUCAGGGCAUGUUGACUACUUUCACGAUCAGGCCAAUCUAGAGCUCGGUGGUCAUCGGAUCGCCACUGUAUUGAUGUACUUGUCCAAUGUUCAAAAGGGCGGAGAGACAGUGUUUCCCAUGUGGUUUAACUAACAUUUAUACACAUGUAGAAUACUC